CCCCCCCCCCCCCCCCCCCCACCCCCCCCCGCCGCCACGACGUUGGCACGCACCCUUCGUUGCUCUCGCCAGCGGCGCUCCGCAGCGUCAUCCCUCCCCCUCCCCCGCCACCGUUCAUUGGCUGACGGUACCGCGCUUUGGACUGCUCGCGGCCGCCACUGCUGCAUCGCCGUGACAGCAGCGCGAGAAGGAAGCUAGGCCGUCGUCGCCGAGAGAGUGCGCGUCAGUGUGCCGAAAAAGAGGGUGGUGUCGCUUGUACGACGACGAGUGUAUGAAGGUGGGCUCUCCUCUCUCUCCUCCUUCCCCCUUCUGUGGAAAAGGUGCUUUCGUGCAACGAACACGGAGUGCUGAUCGACACUCGUCACCUCUUCGCGCGUACACAGGAAGGUAAAAGUUAUCCGUAAAAAAGUUAGUGUCGUCUGCGGUCUCUCGCGCUGCUUGUCGCCAUCUCUCUUCCUAUACUCCUGCCCUCCACGUUCACCUUCCUCCUUCAGUCUUGUCACACUCUUUAACUUUUCCCCGAACUAGCAGUCGAGCGUCGUUGGCAUAACGUGCGAAGUAGAAACCGUGAAAACGGUGUGAAGAGGUGACAGAGAAGAUAAGAAGAGAGCGAGAGAGAGAGAGAAAGAGAGAAAAGAAAGUGCGCGCGUGAGCGCGCACUCUCGUGCGAUGUGAUAAUCGCGUGUGCGACUGUUAUUGAUGUGCGAAGUGGUGUUGACGAGGGAAACGACAUCAACGGCGACUACCCGGGCUAACUUCAGGCGGUGGCGGAGGAGGAGGAGGAAAAUCGCCGGAGAGAUACCGGCCAACCUAACCUAGUAGACGCAGUAGGAGUAGCAGGAGAGAAAGAGGCAGCGGGGACGCAACCUUCUCAAAUCGCGGUGUAGGUGUGGAGGCGGAGGUGGAGGCGGUCGAGAAGGCUUCAGAAUGAGCGGACGACCGAGAACCACCUCCUUCGCCGAGGGUAACAAGCAGCCUGCGAAUCCGCCCCUCGGCGGUAUGAAGAUAAGCAGUGGUGCAAUGUACCCUGCAGGCAAGGAUGGCAGCAAGGUAACGACUGUAGUAGCGACUCCUGGUGCUGGUCCGGAUCGUCCUCAGGAAGUCGCAUACACCGAUACCAAGGUCAUAGGCAACGGCAGCUUUGGUGUGGUAUAUCAAGCGAAACUCUGCGAUUCGGGAGAGAUGGUUGCUAUCAAGAAGGUUCUCCAGGAUAAACGAUUUAAGAACAGGGAAUUACAAAUUAUGCGACGCCUCGAACAUUGCAACAUUGUGAAACUCAAAUAUUUCUUUUAUUCUAGUGGUGAUAAGAACAUCUUAACCGCGACUAAUCCGGUUUUUCACGUUGACAAGGACGAGGUUUAUCUUAAUCUAGUCCUGGAAUACAUACCCGAAACUGUGUACAAAGUCGCUCGACAUUAUAGCAAAAGCAAGCAGACGAUACCAAUCAGUUUCAUCAAAUUGUAUAUGUAUCAACUGUUCCGUUCGUUGGCGUACAUCCAUUCGCUGGGUAUUUGUCACAGGGAUAUAAAACCACAGAAUUUGUUGCUAGAUCCGGAUACUGGUGUCUUGAAGCUAUGCGAUUUUGGUUCAGCUAAACACCUUGUGAAGGGCGAACCAAAUGUGUCCUAUAUCUGCAGUCGCUACUAUCGCGCACCUGAACUCAUCUUUGGUGCUAUUGACUACACUACAAAAAUUGAUGUUUGGAGUGCAGGUUGUGUGCUAGCAGAACUACUGUUAGGUCAACCAAUAUUUCCCGGUGAUAGCGGUGUCGAUCAACUGGUAGAGAUUAUCAAAGUCCUUGGUACGCCUACGCGCGAUCAGAUACGUGAGAUGAAUCCCAACUACACCGAAUUCAAAUUUCCACAAAUUAAAUCACAUCCCUGGCAAAAGGUGUUCAGGGCGCGCACUCCACCGGAAGCGAUGGAUCUAGUGGCACGACUCUUGGAGUAUACACCGUCGUUGCGCAUGACACCAUUGCAAGCAUGUGCGCAUUCAUUCUUCAAUGAAUUACGCGAACAAGGCACGCGGUUACCAAGCGGCCGUGAAUUACCGCCGCUUUUCAAUUUCACCGAGCAUGAGCUGCGAAUUCAGUCGAUUCUCAACAGCAUACUGAUACCCAAAUACAUGCAAUCGGCCGCCGCCACCACCGGUACAGAGGGGAAUCCCGGCGGGGGCGGCGGAGGCGGAGGUGGCCAGUCGGACGCCACAGGCGCCGCUGCCAGUGCUAGCGACGAGGACAAAGAUGCCAAGGAAACAAAGGAGCUGGAGACUCAGGAGCAGCAAGUGGUGGACGGUGAAUAGAAAAUGGUUGAUGGAGAUCACAUCGCGCCCCAGUUGGAACAGGAUUAUGAUUUUCCCGAAUGAUAUAAGGAACGGCGGAUAAUGAUAAACCAAGGUAACACCCACAAUCGAAAGCGCAGUGAGUCCUUAACAUUUAAAACACGAAUGUACGAUAUUAGGGA